UGAGGGAGGAAGAGAGGGAGGGGAGUGAGAGGAACCAAGGCAACUGGCUCAUGUGCAAGCAACUUGGAGUCUACACACUGGCAGCAGAGAAAGGAUCAAACAAAAACACAUUCUCUCACACCUUCACAAGUAUUCUCACACACGCACACACGCACACACACACACACUCCUCCUCCUCAGCGGGAGUCUGACUGUUAAACUGGACUGAUACUAGCGUUUGACGAGCACUUCACGUCCUGUCAUCUGAAGGAAAAGUAUACUUAAAGCAGAAGAGAGGAUCUGUGGAGGGGAAAAGAAGACUCAGGGAGGAAAGGAGACUGUUGCUGCCACUGUGCUGGAUUCACACCAAGAUAUUUCAAUUAGCCGAUCUUUCAGACGACAGCUUAAUGGGUGAAAGAUGAAUUGCCAUCUCCUGGGCGACUGUGACUUUGUGAGUUACUCUGCCUGCAAUGGAGGAUGUUUCCUAACAGAUCCAGUGACUCCCACCGCUGCCUGCACCUCUUUCUGAAUGUGGAAGGCCUAGGAUGGAAGACCCACCACGUGCUGCUCUGAGGCACUGGAACAACACUCUCAACCUCCACAUCCUCAGCCUUUUUGUCUCCUACGCACACACUGACGCAACCAGCUGCUUCGCCACCGUCACCAACCAGACAGGGACCACCGCCACGGGGUGACAAGAUUCCAGGAUGUUUUUGAAAUUCCGCCGAAUACGAAGAUGCCAGUGCAUGCAGCUGAUGACCACCUGCCUGGUGUUGUCAGUGGUGAUGGUUUGCUGGGAGCAACUGGACAACAGCGUCGUCAGCCACGUCAAAUCCUACUCCUACCGCUACCUAGUCAACCGCUUCAUCUACAUCAACAAGAGCCUCACCAUCCCACGCGAGCAGGCAAGAAGCUUCAGCAACUUUCAAUAUCUGCUGGACCACCCAGAUAAGUGUGCCGGAAAGGACGUCCUCCUCCUCCUCUUUGUCAAAACGUCCCCAGAGAACAUUGAGAGACGGAAUGCCAUCAGAUCGACCUGGGGUAAUGAGACCUACAUCCAAAACACCCUGGGAGUGACAGUUAAGGUGGUGUUUGCCUUAGGAGUGCCUCAGACCAAGAAGGAGGAGCCCUCAUGGAGUAAGAGGAGUGGAAUCGGCUUCCAGGAACAACUCGUCCACGAGGACAGUCUCCACGGUGAUUUGAUCCAACAAGACUUCUUAGACUCCUUCCACAACCUGACCCUGAAGCUCAUCCUGCAGUUCCACUGGAUGCACAGCCGCUGCGCACACGCCCGCUUCCUCAUGACCGCUGACGACGACAUCUUCGUCCACAUGCCCAACCUGGUGAGUUACCUGCAGGACAUGAGCAGCAGGGGCGUCACAGACUUCUGGAUUGGUCGAGUGCACAGAGGGGCGCCACCCAUCCGCAGCAAAGACAGCAAGUACUACGUGCCCUUUGAGAUGUACCAGUGGUUGGCGUAUCCUGACUACACGGCUGGAGCUGGGUAUGUUGUCUCCGGCGAUGUAGCGGACAAAGUCUAUCAAGCUACACUGACCCUGAACGCCUCUAUUUACAUAGAUGAUGUGUUCAUGGGCAUCUGCGCUAACGCCAUUGGUGUGACCCCACAAGAGCACGUCUAUUUCUCAGGGGAGGGCAAAGCGCCUUACCACCCUUGUAUCUAUGACCAGAUGAUGACCUCUCAUGGUCACGUGGAGGAUAUCUAUGACCUGUGGAAGGCGGCAACACACCCACAGGUGAAACAGAGGACCUCUGGACUCAUGGGCAGGCUGUACUGCACCGCAGUGAAAAUGGCGCUACUCUGUAAACCUUACUAUUUUAACACAUAUCCCUGCAAAGCAGCCUUUUUUUAGUAUUAUUCAGGUUUGAGUGUGAGUCACCGUGUGACAGAGAGAGGAAGAGUGCGUCAUACUGUGGAUCAUAAUGAAAUGAGGAUCAUUGCUGCGAAUAUUACCUCAGUCCUUUCAGUUGGACACCCAUGUCUGUCAAAAGACUGAAGCAUAUGGUCUGUGUUGCAAUGGGAAACAAAAUCACAUAAUUUAUCUGUUACUGUUGAGUCUUGUUGGUGCAUUAAUGCAAUAAUGCUUGUAUCAGACUGACAGCAGAAUGUGUUGAAAAACUAGGUCCUAAAAAGAUGUUCACAUGCAAUCCCAAACCAAAUCUCCAAUAACACAUCUCUUAACACAACGUUAACCAAUUUCAUUACCUCCGGAAUGAAGGAAAUACACAUUUAAAAGCUUCCACAAACCACUGAUGGCCCCUUAUGGAAGCCUGUGUUUCUAAAAUCACACCACGAAGGAGAGGUAACACCUUUGGGUGGUCAUGUGAUUCAGUGUGUGUGAUAGACAGGCCAGUGUUGUGUCAGCUCUAAAAAUGUUUCUGUGUCAUGAAGUGCAAGAUUCCUCACAGUGAAGUAGAAUAGAUGUGUAAUUGGAAAUAGUUCACAAACCUUUGUUUCCUCUUUUUUUUUUUAAAUUACAUUUGUGAAAAUGUGUUUUUUAAUGAAAUAAAAUCUACAGUUUUAGUUUUCAAAUAUUGUCAAAGUACUUUACUAGAUAAGAUGAAAAUUCUCCAUUUACUAUUAGUUAUAGAAGUACAGUACAGUUUGUUGGGCCAGAAACAUGAGAUCAUGAACCAUGUAAAGCAUGAGGAAACACUAGAAUGGCCAAUUACUUCAUUGCUUUGACUGCAUCAACUCUUUUAACUGUUUCAUUACAACUUUAAGGGGAAAAGUAUGUCUCAAAUCAGCAAUGUUAUUACUUAAAAAAAGGACUUAAUCAAACAGUUCAAUUGGUCAUUUGUGCUUGAGUAUGACACAGUUCCAUUCUGUCUGUUUCUACGAGUAUAGUCAUGAAUUAAUAGUGAAAACUCUUGUCCUAGUGGCACUUUGACUCAGCAGAGUGGAAAAGAUCAUUUUUACACCCUGCCCUUUCUUUGAAGAGUUUGCAUGGGGUUUUUUUCCCCCCACACACCAACAGAGCGUAACCCUCAGACAUUUUUAGUCUGUUAAAGAAGCAGUUUAAGUGAUGGGGAGUAUUAAUAUUCUCUUUUUUUGUUGCUAAGCCAAAGUCUAAAAACAAGUUGAAGUUUGUUGAAGUUAUGUGCUGCACCAUUUCUCCCCACAAAACUACAGCUUGUUGUUUUUACACAACCUGCUUCUAGAAAUUAUGUUUAUAUAUUAUAACUAAUUUACAACUGUAAAUACAUUUUCAAGGAAUCAUAAUGUAUUCACUUUUCUAUUAAUGUAAUGAGGUUAUGUUGUUAAUUUACAUAUUUGAAAGACUGCAUGUUGACACUGAACAUAUCAGUAAAAUGUUCGCAGUUCAAAGUAUUUGUUUCCUAAACCUAACCACAGAACUAUAUGAAUGUCAUUUCCAAGAGUCUGGGUUAUUUUACAUUUUUACCACUUUUAUGUCUUUUUUGCCAGCUGCUUAGCUUAGAUUAGCAUACAAACUGGAAAGAAGGAAGCAGUUAGCCUGGCUCAGUCAAAAGGUAACAAAAUUUUCCUGCCAGUGCCUCUAAAUUACUUAAUUUACCAUAUUAUUUCUUCUUUGUUUAAUUGGUACAAAUAUAUAGGUGUAAAAUGACACCACACAUUUGAAAGUCCUUUAAUCUAUAUAUAUAUAUAUAUAUAUAUAUAUUUUUUUUUUUUUUUUUUUUUGCAAAUUUCAAGGUUCAAGCUUUUGUUUUCAGUAGCUUGUCUCAGUUUGUUUUGCAGGGAAAGUCAUAGACCAGGUAAAAACUUUAAAAAAUAAUAGAGGUACAGGAAGACAGAUAUAAUAUUAUCAUGAGUAUCAUAAAAAGUGCCUCUCCAAAAUGUCAUUACAUUUUUUAGAAGUCAGGAUAGAACUACUAUUUUGUGUAAAAGUUGUCCUUAAAAGUGCUUCCUUAAGUUAAGUGUGGCAUUAUAUUAAUAUGAAACCAAUGUGUAUCUUUAAAAAAAAAAAAAACUAACCUAUUAUGAAGUAUCAGCUAACACCGUUAGGCAGCAAAGAUAUUUUCAUAAAUCAAGUCUGUUUUUUUUUUUUUUACAGUUAAACCACCUGAGUUCAGACAGGAAGCGUUCAACCAUAUGCUUGCAGUGUAGCCUACAAACUGCUUAUAGAGCAUGCACACCAUUUGGUUGUAAGAUGUCAAUUACUUUUCAAACCAACUAUGCACUUGCUCUCCAUAGCAACAGCAGAGCGGGUGUAGGUGCCGCAGUAGCCUCAUUAGAGUGGAGCUGCAAAAAUCUUGCCUGAAAGCACUCCACCAUUUACUACCCAAGCACCUUUUUAUAUGUGAAGGAAUGGACUCAUGAGCGUGUAUGGAGCUCACUGUGAAAGCUGCUUUCCAUCUGACAUGUGAUAUGUGAAGCCAAAAAUAUCAGGCAGAAAGUGUCAGUGUCCUCAGAGUGUGUGAUCCACAGAGGCAUCUGGAGCACUGCUGCAUAUACAGUAAUAACUGAGGCUGUCCCCGAGUCUGUGUUUAACAGACAUGAGAUCAGUAUCAUAACUGACAAACAAAACUGGUGGUCAUUUUUCAGUUGUGUGACUGAUUAAAACAGGCAAUGAGGAUACCCGUCCUGACUUAUCAUGUCGGGGCUGCAGUAAAAUAGAUGUUUUAAUACACCACGACAGAGUUAAAACUUUCAGACUCACACAUCACUGAAGGUGUGUGAUGAUGUAGUUAUUUAUCCGUUGUAUUGUUUUCAGUAAAAACAUUUUUUGGAAUGACUUUGACUGUUCAUUCCCCACAGUGUGUCACAUAUCCUCUUUUCUGCUGCAGGUGCAGGCAGGUUUCCUCAUUGAGAAUACUGAAUGUUUCACUCAGUCCCAUCUCACUGAAUGCACAUCUGUUAAUAUUAAAAGAUGGGUAUUGGUAUAAAGUAAA